AUGGGAUUAGCAGCCGGGUCCGUUGAGUUUAUUGACAAACUCCUCCAAACUCCUUUUUUAAGGUAAUUUUCCUUUUUUUGCGAACAUUGUUCUAUUCAUAUUUCGUUGUUUGGAUAGCCUUUUAUCAUAACAUUUUUCGGUUAUUGCUUUAGCAAUUGUAUUCAGUCGACUCAUACAUGUAUAUUGCAUCGAAUAUAUGCAUUUUAUUGCUAUAACAGCAAGAACAUCAAUAAGUUCCAUUUUCUCCUCUAUGGUAUUAGUUAUGUAAUGUUGUUAAUUGUCGAUCGACGAUUAACAACAUUACAUAACUAAUGAAGAUAUAUCGAUAUAUAUUCAUUACCAUUUGAAAUCUGGGAUGAUGAAGAAAAUGAAGACGCUACAUCUAGCACUAUUCCAAAAAUGUUUGGGACUGCCGAUUUCACAUAUAUCUUGGAUUCCGAAUUUUUUUGCUGGAACUCUUUGACGGUCGAGCAUUGUUUCUUGGCUCCUAAGACCUGGUUUAAAAAAACUCGACUCUGUUGACUCCUUGUCUUCUGAUUGAAUAUCUUUCUGUUGCGGCUUUAGUUGCGAGGUCUUGAGUGAAAUACCUGCACCCGACGGAACCUUUCACUUGACUGUCUUCUACUCUUUAAGGCUUGUCUUCUGACUUAUAAAGUAGCGUUUCUUAAGCACAAUGCCCCUUUAUUUACCCGCACUAUUUGAACAAAAAUUAGCUGGUGACUUUUUGCCUAGUUUGAUCUUUCUUGCAAGAUCUUUUCACGUGUCCAUCGUCAUGUAAGCCAUGAAUCGCUAUUCAUAUGAUAGGUUUCGUACACCAGAAAAGGGCUUUUGCCAGCACGUUAGUGAUUGUCAUCAAACAGUGAUGCCAGACGCAGGAAAACUUCUAAGAGCCAGUCCUCAUGUAAAAUUCACGCUACCCAGGCACAUCUUGCGGCUCACUACAUGAUUUUAAGUCUACCCUUUUGCUAUCAAGGGAAUUUUCUGAAGUAUGUAGUAAAGUAAGAAGUGAGGGCGUGCCUCCUUGCCAUAAAACUCUUACUCCUUUUCAAUAGCUACAACUACGUCGUCAAGCAGUUUAUUUGUCACUGUGACGGAGGUUCCCAUUUUUUUAUUGCACUCUACAUCCAUGGUUAUCUUGGUUUUACUGCCGUCCUUUGUUUUUUUUGAUGGUUCCUGCCCUUCUAGGAUUCUGUUUUAGAAUCUUAGUAACGACGUCUCAAGCCCCAUGUCCUAGUGUCCUUAAUGACUGUGGGAUGAUUGCUCCGCCCGUUUUUUUUCUAACUGAAUCUUGCUUUCCUUAGUUCACUCACGUUUUAGAUGAAGAACGAGUGAGUUUAGGCCAGUUGAUUCCUCCAGUAUAACGAGUGUAGUGCUUGCUCUCGGCCUCUAAAAGCUUACGAAUCAAAGUUACUGGCGUUGUCAUUCUACCCAAAUUCGUAAAUUUGGCAGACUACCUUUGAAAUGUAAGAAAAACAAAAGACAACGGAACUGUCAGCAAGAACGAUUAUUUUAAAAUAUCGGUGACUGAGUAGAAAAUCGUCUGUAAUACGUUAGCUACAGUCAAUGACGUAUCUUGUGAAAUGCUGGCCGAAAUUCCGAAAUGCGUAUUCGAUUAGCACGGAUAACCUAAGUGGGCUUAAAAUUUUGGAUUAUCCUGAGGCAUACUGAUGUUAUGUCUCAGACGCGCUAGGAUGUCCACUUCUUAAUGCACUUCUCGGCUGCUCGCAAUGGCUGCACUCAAUAUAAAAUAGCUACAUAAGUAGUAGCAAUUUUUUUCUAUCGAUUUAGACGCCCUGAUAUAUAUCUGAUUCUACUAGCAACAUAUAUAUGUAUAUAUUUUGUAGAAAAAAUGCACGAAAAUAUUCCUUCCUGCACUCAUUUGGUAACAAAUCGUGUCUUCUUUAAGUGCUACACUCGAAGAAAGGGUGUCUUGGUUUUUAAAUAGUUUCUUAUUAUGGAAUUUUUGAGGGCUGUGCAGUGCCCAUCUAAGUAGCAUGUUAUCUUUCCGUUUAAUAAUACUCCUCGGGAGAUAUACAUCAUAGCCCAUAUCCAUUGAGAAAUUUCAUGAUCCCUUUCCGGUGUCUACGUAGUGGCAUAGAGGAAUGAAUAUCUUUCCUACCACUGAAAGUAUACAGUUAGUGGACUGAAAACCCUAAACGCAACUGCAAUGACAGAUUGAGCUCAAAAUAAUUGAAAAAUCUUCCUUAAAAACCGAAAGCCAUCUUUUCUUCUAGCAUAAAAUCUAAAGAAGACAUGAGUUUCUGCCAAAUUAGCGUAAGAAGGAAUACCUCUGUGUGUUUUCUACAAAGUGUAAGGGAAUUUAUAAGGGCAUCUAAAUCGAUAGAAAAAUUGAUACUUAUUAUGUAUCUAUUUCGUACUGAGUAUAGGCAUUGUAGUCAUCUUUGUUCAACCCUGUUGGAAAACCAGCUACUUUUGGGACCGCUAAUCUCCGCAUGCUACCUCAUCCAUUUCUCGCUGCGAUUAGCUUGGACAAAGAAGGCCUCAUAUGAUAGUCGAAUUCUUGUAUGCAUGUUUCAUUUGUUAGCGGACCAAAUCCUGAAGGAUAGCUAUUUAGCUAGUCAGACUCGCAUACAGUUAGGGAUUUCGUUUUUGUUGAUACAGUCGCGCCGCCUUACGCUCGCGGUUUUGUGAGAAUUCGACGACGUUUAAGGUUGUUUUUUGCAGAUACUUGUGUUUUUCACCUGCUACUGCUUUUCUGUGAUCUCCAGCCCACGACCCUUUGUGAACUAUAUGCGCGGCGAAGAUGUGAAUGGCUACAACUUGACUGCUACUGGCUUCACAAAACCAACGUUGGUAUCCGACAAAGAGGGCCUACGUAUGAAGGUCCCUCCGCGCUCAUUUUCCCUUCUUGACGUUGUCGAAUUUUCAGGUAUGUUAUCCUGCUUGAGACAGGGUUGUGUUGACUGUCUUGUCGUAAAACGACUGUUUCUUCUGUGCCAUAUAGAUCCAAACAUUCCCAUCGAUGUCAUUGAUGUUGCUCUUCAAUCCGACAUGAAAAUGCCGCUUGGCCAGUUUGUAGACCUGUUUCUGGCGCGUCCUCGCGAACGAAUCCUAAACGUGCUCAGUUUUGAGUACUCUCAAACAAAGUGGGCUGCCACCUUUACCAAUCUCUUACUCCUUCCCAAGUUUAGACUCGCCAGUUUGGUACGGCCUCCACAUGUUGUGAAGGAGCUGAGUCUUGUUGACAACUGCUGGCCUGAGGAUGAUGACGGCCAACGAGACGACUACUCAUCCUGUGAUGCCGACUGUGUCUCCAGUUUACGCCCAAAUGUACAAAAGUACUGUCUUAUGAGUAUGGGAGACUCCUACACGGAUUUUCACAUCGAUUUCGGUGGAUCCUCUGUUUGGUAUCACAUUCUGUGGGUAAGUGCCCGCCUAUUUACCUUGGGUUGAUUGUUACUGAUUACUUUUCCUAGGGCGAAAAAAUAUUCUAUGUUGCUCCACCGACUCGAGAAAACUUGGAGGCCUACUGGCGCUGGAAUGGGAUGGCUGAUAAUCGCUAUGUCUACUUCCCGGACCUUUUACCGCUUCGUCGUGAGUCUUUCUACUGUGAACACUGUACUUUUUCAUUUUUUCUUACUAUAGUCACGCGCCGGGGGUUCUGUUUGUGUUCACAGUCGUAGGGUUUCUAUAAUUGUGUGGACCGCGUUUUUCCCAGGUGAGAUUUUCUUUGGACUAUUCCCAGCUCUAGGCGGUCGAACGGAAAAACGGACAGGGUAAGAACGGCCGACCUAAGUGUUGUUAGCUACAGUGCGUGACCUAUCUCAUGAAAUGUUGGCUGAAAUUCUGAAAUGUGUUUUCGAUUAGGAAGGAUUACUUGGUCGCGGUUGUGAUUCUGAUUACCUUAAGGCAUACACUUAUAACAUUUUAGACUCGGCAGAAUGUCGGCUUUAAAAUGCACUUUAUUUCAAUCUCCUGUAGAAAGCGUGCUCGGGAAGAAAUGACUACUUAAGUAGCAUGCAUUUUCCUAUUGAUUUUUGAUGGUCUUGGAAAUUCAAAUAUACUUUAUAGAAACCACAAACAAAAAUAUGCUUUCUUUUAGUCAAUCAAUAGAGAAUCACGUCUUCUUUAUAUUUUAUACUUAAGGAAGGAGUAUAAUUAGGUUUUAAAAAAGUUUCUAAUUAUGAGACUUUUUAAGACCGCGGUAUGUCCAUUCACAUAGCAUCGUACCUGGCCGUUUACCACUGCUCCUCAUGAAAUGUACAACAUGGUCCGCAUCCAUUGCAAACUUUUAUGGACCCUGUAUGAUAUCUCUUUAAUGAUAUAGAAAAAUAUGUGGUUUCCUUUACGCAGAACGCAUGCACCUUGUAGAGUGUAAUCACUAAGCGCUAAUGCAACGAAUGAUCAGGCUCCAAAUUUUUCGGCAAUUGGAAAACUUUUUAAAACCUAAUUAUACUCCUUCCUUAAGUAUAAAAUAUAAAGAAGACGUGAUUCUCUAUUGAUUGACUAAAAAAGCAUAUUUUUGUUUGUGGUUUCUAUAAAAUAUAUUUGAAUUUCCAAGACCAUCGAAAAUUAAUGGGGAAAAUGCAUGCUACUUAAGUAGUCAUUUCUUCCCGAGCACGCUUUCUACAGGAGAUUGAAAAGAAGUGCAUUUUAAAGCCGACAUUCUACCGAGUCUAAAAUGUUAUAAGUGUAUGCCUUAAGGUAAUCAGAAUCACAACCGCGCCAAGUAAUCCUUCCAAAUCGAAAACGCAUUUCAGAAUUUCAGCCAACAUUUCAUGAGAUAGGUUACGCACUGUAUAAAACAAAUUAUUCGGGAAUCCACUUGAGAAUUCGUUAUGACACAUUGAUCUCUGCUCGCAUUUAUAUGAUUACAAGGUAUUAUUAAAAGAUAUCAGGUUUUUGUCAACUGUUCUAUGAAGUUCAUUCAAAACCUCACUUCAAGUCUGGCGAUAAAAGCGCACAACCAUCAGGUAUGAUACGAUGCAGUCGCAAAUGCCCCAUGGCGACCUGGACCAACUGCAAACUUCAUAACUCGUUCCUAACGGCCAUUACUGUCGCCCUCAGUGUGAGCGUCCUCGGUGACGCCCGAUAGACGAUAGACUUUUGACUCAAUACUGUGAAAUUCUAAAUUCUAUCCCUACCCCAAAGCUCUGGUUUUGUACAUGAUUUCCUUAUCCUUAACAUUUCACGUCACGACUGUGCCACUGUCGUUGAGAGCUCGAGCUUAGUUACCGCUCUCCUAGUGUGGUGGGCAAUUUUGAUUUCUGCGUACAGGGCGUGAACUUGGCUGGAUUUCACCACCUAGGCGACUGACCCGGGUCUUCCCGGCCCACUUAAGGUCAAAGUAACUAGUCAGUUACUUAUACAAGCGAAGAUGCAAGUUCCAGGAACUAGUUGAUAAGAAGAAAAAGAAGAGGAAGAGGAGGAGGGAGAGGGAGAGCCCGAACUAGCGCAAAUAGAGGAAGGGAUGAAUAACGCAUGUACAAUUCUAGUUCCGUUUGAUAAGUUUUCGCGUCUUCGUUAUGGAGUAGUACUGUUUGCCACCCUGAAAGCCAGAACACUCUGAUGCUCUAUCUUAGGUACACAUGAAUAGCGGAGCUCCGUUGUUUUAAACUUUCUUCUGUGUGCGCUACCUCACCAUUUGUUACGAUUUUCUUAUUUGCACGACCAAUUACCUAGAACUGGAGUAUUUGUUCCAUCUGGUCACUGUUCGCUAAUGUCAGAUGCAAUAUUGAGUAAAUCCCUUGUGGACUGUCCUUCAGAAACGGAUAAAAGUGUUCCGGAUGGCCGCCCCAUGCCCCAGGUUGCACGUCUGCACAUGAGAGCCGGCGAAACUAUUCUUCUACCAGCGGGUUGGAUCCACGCCGUUUACACGCCCUGUGACAGCCUCGUAUUUGGUGGCAACUUUCUCACCCAAUUGGCCAUUCCACUUCAGUUGAGGUAAGUGUAUUCCCCCUGUCCCCCUCCCCCUUUGUGCUACUGGCGUAAUGAUCCGAGGUGGGAGGGGGGGGGGUUGUGAUUUGAGAGAAGGCAAAACCGUCGCUCUUUUUUGUGGCACGUGUAGAUGAGGUAAGUUGACUGUUCAGUCGCUGCGUCCAGUUUUACUCGAGACAAGAAGAAAUCGAAACCAGCAGUUCGAAGAAAUCCAAACAACGUUACCGAAGGUGGUUCCGGUUCUAAACGACAGACUAUCCUGCACGUGAGUUGGCGACUAUUAGUAGUUUGGCUCCCUAGACGGGUAGAACUGUUGGACCAAACCUGAAAGGGACUAAGCACGUGCGUGGUGGAAGUCAAAUGCUCGGUCACCGAUUGCACCUGAGGUUAUUUCUAAUUGAUUUCACAUUGUCCUUACACGCCCCCUCCCCACCGUAUUGUGCAAAUCUGACGCAGUUUAGAAUUGUCCCGGCGCCCUAAACGUCGUAACUUGAAAGACCGCUUUUCAUCCCGUCAGGCCGCAUUGACUUCCUCUCAAUGUUGUUUUGUAGCAACUUUCGCGUAUGCCCACUCAAUCUUAUGUAUAAUCAUAGUAGUCGGAGUCUGGAAGACCAGAGGAAAACUCGUCCUUCAGUUAGAGCCUGACUGCUGCCUCGCCUUUGGGCAGUAUUAUUACCUGAAUUUGUGAAAUCCGGUCUUGUUGCGAGAGUCACCACUAUAUGUUUGGUACACAUCGAUGAAAGCACUAUAACUUGUCAGCCAGGAUAGUACAAGUUCUUCUACGAUCCUCUUGACACAGUCUUGAUGGUAGGACACCGCAAAAAUGUAGAGGGACAAUGAGGCCGACGUUGUCCAAGUGUCCUAUUCCAUAAUCCAGUUCAGGCACAAAGGUCUGUAGUAACUACCAGGAGGUAUGUCGUCAUAAUCUUAUUGAAAAAUGACUUCGUCCACAACCUGCCGAAGGUCCCUACAUUAUCAUGUCGGAGACAAGAUAGGGAUUUCAAAAUGUGCGGAACUAUCGGCACAACCUUUCGUUCACGACGGAUGCAAAAGUUCUUUAUAGGAAUUACUGGCGGUCACUGCACCGCGUUUGUUACUUCAACGAGGACUUCUGACACGAUUAAAAUGACUGUCAAAAGUCGUCUGUCACAUGUUGUGACAACUGCACGUUAUGAAAACCCGCUUUUUUGCCAGCCGAGAUUUAACGAACCAGAUAAAGCAGGGUCGUUUACCUACGAGAACCCCCAGGGAUACCGAUAGAAGCGUACCGGAAUCCACCCUCCAGCAUAAAAUUUUAAAAAAUAGCACACUGGGGACAAGAUGUUCAAGCUAUGGCUGCCGCAGCUCUUCACAGGACUUCCCUCGAACAGGGUUCGUGACCUUAAAAUCACCCUGAAACUGUCUUGACUCACGUGCUCGCUCGCAGAGCGGGACAUGGGUCUUUCUGUUUUGCGCAAAACACUGAUCCAGAGGCCUCAAUGGCAGUCCCGUGAUGACAAACAACCAGUUAUUGUCAGACGUUAGGGCCUGAAAAAGGGAGAGAUUGAGGUAGAAGUUUCCUGCCUACCUACCACCCUCAGCUAACUCCACCCCAAUCUCAGGUCGGUCAGACCCGGCCUUAUAUCUAUCCACAUUUUAUCUGACUCAAAAUACAGAUACAAUGGAGCUCGGGCGUACUUGCUUCGGCCUGACUGUCAAUUUCCAUGCACCUAUUUCCACUUUUCGUGGUACGUAAGCGAGCGAACAACGUGUUCUACCCGCAGAUCGGUUCGAGAUAUUCGGCAAGCCACGGCGCCUCCUCUGCCCUCCAUCCAUCUCGAGUGGUUCGUUUUACUGGGACUUUGGAGAAGACAGUAAGGACCACGUGACACAUACUUUUUGGCCGAUUUUCGACACCGCAGGUCCGCAUUUUAGAGACAAGCCUUUGCGUGCUUCCAGACAGAACUCGCGUCGAUCACUUCUACUGGAAUGCGUGCAUGUCACAUGGUGCCUGAAACCUGACAGUCUGGGCGAAUUGGCCUUCGGUGACCUACAGUUUCCUGUGCCUGACCAGUAUUUCCAGUGUGAAUGUUUUAGGACAUGUAAUUGGAAGCAGGAGUGAUUAAGACGAACAUUUCUCAAACGUGUCUGCUGUUGUGUGGCGGUAGUGAUCUAUAUGCAGGGUAGUCAGAGUAUUGUCUGUGCUGCUCUACAGAAUUGAGGGCAUUUAGGCGUGAAUCCCGCCCAGCGCCCGGCAGCUCGUACUUUCAUGGUCCCAUCCACUUCCAGCUGAAAAUGUACUGGUAGGAGUGGGGAUGCUAAGUGACAUUAUUACCUCACUUACUAACUUCACUAACCCUGUUUUUUUUUCGCCAGCGUUUACAGGAUGGAGCAGAAACAGGGCACCGCCCAGCGUUUCCUCUUUCCGUACUUUGAAAAGCUGCACUGGUACGCGAGCGAUUUAAUUCUGGGACGUCUUAAGAGUGAGUCUAUUGCCUUUCUCUAACCUGUUUUUUCCUCGUGUUUGCUUUUCAAACGCUAAUUUCCACUCCCCUCGGAUGGGGACGAGCUUCCCACUGUUCAAUUCGCGUCAACGUCUAACCUCGGCCCCCCAUAAUCCUCCAAGAACUCAUGCCCUUUGCGUUUACUGUUCACUACUCCGUUUCCUGAUGAAUUAUCCACUGCUGCGGGCUAAAUCGCACUAUGUGACCCAUUUUAAUGAAAUACUUGAUUCAUCUCUACCGAAUCGAUAGGGGUUCAGGAGUUUUACUUGAGUGGUGGCAUAUGCGAUGCCAAUGUUACGCUUACUACACAAGCUCCUGCCUCGCGUGCAAACCUUUGAAAGGUUCAGGGAACCCCUCGUUCGGCAGUCACUUUUUCGCCUAUAUGCCCUGGGUCCGUGACAAGUAUCUGAUUCAAGGUUUAUUUGGAUCUCCAGCGGCCUCUUGCUAGACGUCCUGCGGCUCACAAGCUUUAAGGCGUCGCAACUACCACUGUCACGUUUGACCAGUGUUUACAGAGCUCCUCUUUCAAGUUGCCCUAUUGUGAACCCCCACCAAUGUGGGGGGAAUUAUAGACUGCAUUAGGACUAAACCGUCUUGUCGACCGAAAGUUUCAAUAUAUCUAGUUUGUCUGUUAUAGUGAAACUUCAUUAUGUUGGGGGACGACUGUCUGGUAGAGUGGCGUAAGCACUUAUUCUUCGUUCGGACCUUUAUGAACAGAUGGUACUGUAAACUUAAGUCUAGGAGUCCAUGCUUUGACCAGGAGAACCAUUCAACUUGCUUUCAUCUGUUAACAUUAGCAUCAGCCACCAAGUGAAUAAAAUUCGUUGAUCAUUGUUCACUCCCUCGGCUAGACACAUUUCUGGAAAACAAUUGUGUCUGGAACGAUUAACUCUAUUUAGGUAACUGAAUCGUGACAAUCCUUGAUCUAAUCGGCCUCAACGGCGUUGCGCAACAGCAGAUCUGGGAAUUUCGGACCAGCGAUAAAGACCGAAUGCCGAAAAUCCGCCCAAUGUCUCGACAGACUGUGUCGAGCACAUAACAAAAUACUUCUGCGUGUUCCUUCAGCUGUCAUUUUUGACAGUAUGGGUACCCUUGCGAGACAGUCGCAGCGAAUAUGGAUUCUCUUAUCGGCUGAUGGGCAAACCAAGUGAUUCAGAGGUCAUGUUCUCCCAGGGGGCUACUUUAUAUCGGUCGUUGUAGCUUUGCCUAGCAGGCAGAUACAGUCAGCAUGGUGAGGACCAGUCAGAGCAACAUUAUCGACAAAGACGAGGGAGACUGGAAUGGCCAUUUCUAGCUUAUGAGCCGUCGUUAGCCAGUAGUACCCAGCUUGCGCCCCGAUGCUCGUCCAACACCGUUUUGGCGAGUUCGACAGAUUACGUGGUUCCGUAUGCCAGACGACUAGAUUCAUCCUUACGCAACGCCGGUCCGAACAUCGGACGGUUGGGAGAGGCCGUUAAUGGACAAAACGUCGGACAUUUAUGGAGAGCGCUAUAGUGCAGGAACUGCUACUGUUGACGUGGAUGUGACUACACGGCAAUCGCAUCCUAUAAAAAAACCGCAACCCUUGUGUGCCUACCUAUCCGUUGUUGCUAUCACUGAUGAUGGGCUCUGGCUUCCCACAACGGGCUUCGCCGCAGAUGCGCUGGACCAAAUCGAGGACCAGACCGACGUACGGCACACGCGUUUAUCGCACUGCACUGAGUCUGCGCCGCCUCAUAAUUACUGCCGUACAUGCAUGUGUGUAUGUGGCACGCCCUAGACCUGGGCUUACACGCCGCGUUAACCAGCCACUGUGCCCCGUCUCAUUACCAGCUGUUUGACUGGCCCAGGUAGUCGACUGGUGCAUGAAAGAGGGAAGAGAAGAAGUGAAGCAGACAUUAGGCGGGAAACCGGCCUAACUGCACAUAAGCUCAUUCCUCAUUAUAAUAAAUCUGACGCACUUAAGUCUCUCACGACACGUGGCCCGGAAGGUUGCCAAAUGACCAGAUAGUUCGGUCGUCAUAAGAGUACUUUGCAGUGACUGGAGGACUGAGAGUCGGGCUGCAGUGGCUCCUAAUUAUGACUUUUAUGCCGCCCCCCCCCCCACACACGUUAGACUGGAGCCGUCCUUACAGAAGCGCCUUCCGCAUGCAGUGGGAACCAACUCGUGUGUGGUACGCGUAGACUGGUCGUUUGGCCUCGUCAUCCGCUGUGCGCGCGUCCACCUCCUUCCGUCUUGACACUGUCUCGCCAUCGAAGCAAGGUAGGUAGGGGAAGCGAGAGUGCGGUAGGCCCUGCGAACCACUAUUCUACUAUAAACUAAUUUUCUGGCAUUUUAUCAGUGCUGCGCCCACUCUGCGGAUCACACGGUGGACGUGGUCGUUCACGGUGGGUCCAGGUGUAAAUCCGAAACGUCAGGCAAACAGAAUUCUUCUUACAAUGGUCGGAUCUCCCUCUUCACACAUGCUUCCUACGACUUGCUGUUUCGCUGCCAUCAGAGCUAUAUGACCUUAGUCAUGGCGACACACUUUUUCCGGACAUACUGCCUACCAUCGUUGUUCGUCUCGGAAACUCACAAUAAAUGGACUAGAGCGCCCCAACAGUGUCAAUGUUCGCGCCAGCUCUCGGAGUUGGGCGAGUUUUCUGCUCCCAAGCCACCAUAGAGACUGCACAGAUAAAUGAUCUGGCAUCAUCUUCGAGUUUAACAGACGUCAGAGAUCCCUUCAAUGGAUGUCACCCCAUCGAUCUACCAGUUCCUGUUUUCUUCUUUGGGUCAAUCUGUCGUCAUUUUUCUGACUUAACCGAAGCAAUAACCAUCUCUAGGUCCAGCUGGAGCUUCUGAGAGUCGGUUGUAGGGUUCCUGAGUUGGCUGGUUUGUUGCCUCGUCGUCGCUUGAAGCCAGGAAUCUUCUCGACUAUCUGGCCGACUGUGCUGACCAUCGGUUUUUGCCUACCUCGAUACAGUCUAGGAGACGACUGUGCUGUCACUAUGGUAACUCACUCAGCAUUUGUAUACUAAUGACCACCUGUUGGCAUCUUGUGAAUAUUACGCGGUUAUUCCGCAGUACCUGGUGGAUUUAAGCCUUAAUAUUCCUCUCAACUGUAGGACCGAGCCUGUGAAGUUUUGUUCCGAAUGUCGCACACUAAUUUCCUCGGAUAUUAAACAAGACGGAGAUCUGGUCUAUCUGUCCAAUGCCUCUGCCUUGUUGGGCUGUCGUAGUUUUACGACAUGGAAGAUUUUCAGUCACGCUGAUAAAAGGUGGGCAGUUCGACCUGUUCGAAGCCGUGUCGAAUAGGCUGCCUGUCCGUAGUUGUUCCCAGUCCCAUAGGUGUCUGUAGGCCUAUGACAGUUCGCCGGCACUAUAGCUGCUUCCUUUCUGCCUGCAAUGCACGUGGGCUCGUCAUGACAUGCCUGCAAAUUUCUGUCUUAAUAUCAUCUCUGCCGCCCUUUUCGCAUACACGCCUGUGACUCAUUAUCCCCGGAUGUGCGCCUGGCAUGUAACCGACUGCAGCAGUGGGGUAGGCCCUGACCAGACCUGCGCCUGCCUUCCUCUGUGUGGCCGCUGCAUGUCAGGACUCAUCACUGACACGCCGUGACUGCAACCGCGGUUGGCACUCCUGUUCUGCAUCCUCCGUAACGGCAGUGGUCACCGUAACGGCACCACUCUGUCACAGCUGCGGCUGCUGCUGCCGCUGCUGCUGCCCUAUUGACGCAAGCACAAACAUGCGGGCUGGAGGGGCGUAAGCUGUUCCCAGUUGGCUACACAGGCGCCCAGUGAUCGUAAGCCUUAGCCUGGCCUUUUUGAGUAUGAGAUGAGUUUAAGAAAAACCGCCCGAAACAGCAGAUAUUCCGGACUUUUGCCCUCAUCGGGCACCAUGCGACCGGCUGCUUUUUGCUGUCUUUUGUACGCCAGUGACAAGCGUAGACACCAUUAAGUAUCCGGUGCGCAUCUACCGCUCUCCAGUCGUCAUUCCACUGGAGCAUUACAGGUGUCUGAAGAGAGAGUGAUGUCGACCCUGCGAAUGCUCCUCCUCCUCCUCCUCCUCCUCCUCCUCCUCCUCUCCACAACAACCCGAAUCACGUUUAAGCCACCCCCGCUUGCAGAUGUAAUGGUGACGCUCUCGUCAGAUGCGACGAACCUUGACAGCGCUGUCUCUCAGCGUCGUUCUGUUAUGUAGUUUUGUAACGUAUUUUUCACUGCUUACCUUGCAGAUGACCUACUCACGGACCAGAAACCGCUGGACUAUCAACUUAGAGGGGCACAUUCUCUCCUAAAGUACCUGCGUAGAUGGUACGAACGACACAGAAACGUAAGAAUGCUUUAUCCGUUUGAUCGUUCCUUGGAAAUGCUCUGCAGUGUGAUAGACUAAACGUCAGGGCGAAUCUAACAAAAAUCCUUAAUAAACCGGAAAUCGAAACAAACAUUUCGACUACAGCAUAUUGCAUCCCCUCCCUCGACCUGCCUUUUCUAUAAUCAUCCUCUGUGCACAACUGGCCGCUAAUUCUUAUUCCUUGUUUGCUGUCUCCUACUCGCUUGUCCAUUCCACGCGGUUUUUUAGAAGCCAAAGAAUGAAAGAGCACACUAUCUGCCUCCACGUUGCUACCUCCAAUACGCCUGCCCAACCCUCAUCUGCAAACUGGAGGAGGUAUUGCGCGAAUUUGCGAACAGAGUGAGGACUGCUGAACGUCAGCGAAAUCGCAAUUGUCAGGCAUCCGGCGACUGCCACUGCAUGAUGUCCACUGACUCCUCCCUUCCGUCUACCAGCUCUCCGUUGUAUGUUGUUCCUGCAUUUUCACUGUCUACCUCUACUCCUUCCAGACCUGUGCUAAUACAUGCAAGCCCUCCCGAUCCUAACGUGUUCCAAGCCUGUGGGUAUUAGAAGAACUGCAGGUAAACCCAUUGGCCAUGUGCCAUCUGGGAACCCUUGGUCUCCUAGUAUUAGAAUCAUGAAAUCACGUCCUCCAUUUGAUUAUUCUUUCCUCCACUUAUUUGUACUUGAUACGGCUGCGAUCAUGCCUGAUCUAGCCGGCCUCGAUGAUGUCCCGAACUGUACCUCUCCACGCGUGACGAUCCGCGGCAGCAGAUCUGGACAGUUCAAUCCAUUCCCUUCGCUAACGACGAGACCGAAUACUGAAGGUCCAAGAACCACCUCCAUGUCUUGACGAACUGUGUCGAACCAGGUUUUGAACUGACACCCUCUUCGAGGCCUCCAAUGGGGUAACGAUGCCGGAUCGAGGGCAGUAACACUGAGCUCCUGAGGUGGACGAUGAAGAACAUGCCCAAACCACCUCAGCCGUCUUUCUUGGAUGGCUUGAGCCAUCCUUGCGAUGUUGUCUCAGCGAGCGCGGACUGUCUCAUUUGAGACGAAGUCGGUGAACUUCACUCGAAGAAUGGUCCUCAAGCAGUGGUGGUCAAAUACCUCCAGUUUUCGCUCGUCCUCCACGCACAAAGCCCAGCAUUCACAACCGUAGAGAAGGACAGACCGGACAGAUGCACGUUACAUGCGAAUCUUAGUGGAGAUGGAGAGGUCACGUCGGUUCCAUAGGCAUUUCCGGAGGCUUGAGAAAACCCAGCGGGCAGCAUCGAUUCGGGAGACAAUGUCCUCCUUAUUCUGUCCAUUAGGCAGCAGCCUAGCCCCGAGGUAUUUAAAACUGUCUACUUCUUCAAGUUGAUAGCCAUCAAUCCCGAGGGGUGCCUUCUCCUGGUCAGGGAUGCAGCUUGAAAACACUUUGGUCUUGCCGGCGUUCAUGGAUAAACCGACUGAUUUAGCGACCACAUUCACCCGUGACACUAUAGACUGCUGAUCACCAAAACUUAUUUCCAGCCAGGCAUAGCGUUUGACUCGCUCAUUACAUAUUAGCAGAAAUGAUCUGGAUGCCCUGAACACGGUCGUAUCAGUGGCAUGCCCUGAAAUGUCUGCGGGUUACUGCCAUAUUAUUAUGCCGUCUGUCUGUUUCUCUUCAUUGCAACAUGCUCGUGGGGUAAGCCUUCAGCAACCAAUUUGAGAGAGAAAAUGCACAGAUUUAAUUAAAUCCUUAAAAAAAAUUAAUAGAGUUAGCGUCUCUUUUACCUGAAUAAGUAAAAAAACCUGCCAGUAAGUCCAGGAACUUCCUGUUGAAUUUCCGGCUUACUGUUAGGUCGGUGAUCGCACCGGCACCUAUGCUCCCUUUCGAAAAGACUUGAAAAUCUAUUCGAAUCUGCGUGGAGAACCAGUAUGUCGCCAGCGAUUAAAUCUUGGAUGGCGCUCUUCUCUGGCCGAAUGCUCAUUUGGAAGUUAUUUUCAGUUGGAUAAUUUACGAUGCGGAAAUAAUACCAUGAUCAGGCUUGCAUGUAUGGGUAUUACGUGUCUAUUCCGCUGUGGUCGGUAGCGUCUAACCCAAUUUUCCAUAUCCUGCCACGGAGGCACGAUGAGUUUAGGAGCAGUGUGAGGUAGGUUCGUGACGGAGUUUCUUCCUUCUACAGUCGAAUCUACACGCUAUCAAACGCCUCCCCAAGGCAAAGAUGGCAAUCAUAGUGCUCGCCGGGUGGGCUAUUUUUGCAGUGCGCUGUACCGUCACAGCUGCAUGUGCGGUAGGUGGAGUUCUCAUCGCCUGUCCGUUCAUUCAGUACGUCGCACUCUCAUUUGGUGACAAAAGUGGAGAGAAAGAGAGAUCUCUUGCGUUUCUGCCCCUCCUGCUGACUGAGGCAACAAACAACAACUGCAUAUGAAUUCCUUCUGCAGCAUAAUGAUCGGAAUUCCGACUGGGGUGUUUCAGAACAACCAGUUCGUCACGCCCAUUCUCCGUCAGACGACUCGGUAGCCCCGUUUCUUAGUCGCUGGCCUGUUUUACAGGAAUCCUGGGCUGGCAUCUACGGACUACGUAGCACUGGCUCUUGAUCCGAUCGCACGGUGGGCCCUCAACGCUUGCCAGUUUUUAACAGUCGAGCUCCGUACACUUGCCUAGCGUGCCGAGUACCGGCGGUCCAUUCUUUUCAUCUACCAACUCGGGAAGAAAUAAGAGUAAUCAACGUUUGAGUCGGGGAAAUGAGUAAUUACAAAGUUUUCAGUUCCUGCGGUAAGGUCUAGAAGUCCAGAUGCUUUUCCGGCUGCUACGCCAUUUGUUUUCUUCUCUUUCUGGUUAUUUACCCCAUUCACGUGCUGUAAAAGCCCUUCUGACUUUAAGGUGUUAAGCCCGCAUUCAUUUAUCAAUGGCUGUAGAUAUUUUCGUCCUCUGUGGCCCACUCCUUCCAGCCCCUGCCCGUUUUUUAUCAUUCAAGCCCGCCCUACUUAUGGUUAAUCAGUAGUACUUUGUUUCAUAUUUUUCCUACUAGCUCCUGCAAGAGAAUGAGGCCGCUGGAGACUCCUUGCUGCAGCAAGUGCGGCUGCGUGUCUCCUAAUUCACAACCCAUCUCCGAGACCGAUGAAGUGCUAGAGGCGGUUCCUGAACUAAAGAACAGCCGCCUUGUUGGCGACCAUUGUGAGCGUUUGUUAACCUUCCCCCAUAAUCAACUUCACACCUUUCGGUUUUUGCAUUACCUGUCGUUUUUUUCCCGACAGACGUCUACGCACUCUCGGGCUCUGAUGAUGAAGGAAAGGGCAAAUCGACCGGCACCCGUCGCCGCCAUCGUUCUCGUCUUGGAGGUUCAACUUCCAAAACGUCCAUGUUUGACGCGGACGAUCCGGAUCCCACUUGGCGCCCUAGUCGUGCGUUUAAGUACUCUUUUAUUUUCCCACGCAUACAGAAACAGCUGUAUCGUCUAUGUCCUGGGCUCGAAUCCCUAGUCGAGGGGGUGGGGAGUUACGUCAUCAUGUCAUGUUAUCGUGGGCCAAACCAACUGCCUUUGCAGAUGCUUUUUUCUGUUUUCGGGACUAAUGCUCAUGCCUCGGAAGAAAAUCGGUUAACCUAAGUCUAUUUUUACAUCCGGGUUUCUCUCCUGCUCAAGCGUCUUUGGCACAGAUGACCUUGGUGAGGUGGGAGUCGAUGACAGAGCUGAGGUUGUUGUCCCUUUGAUUUGUACUGCCUAUCCUACUAUCUCGCCAUCGUUUUUUGCUCCAUUAGCGUUAUGUUGGCCUCCAGUGUGCUCAUCACGCGUCGUUUUCUAACAUUAUAUCGGGCCGUAGCUGCAGUCUAAUUCCUGUUGGAAGGCAAGCGUCGUAUUACGUUCCUAGCUGUUUUUGUGGUUGCUCCGCUAGUAGGCUGCGUCUGCUCUGUGCGUAAUGUGUGCUCUUCAUGUUAUCUGUGUGAAAAUGUGAUCAAGAAGGACUGUCAACGUUUGACCCUGCACUGUGGCUUAAUGUCCUCUUCCCGACCACCGCGCGGUUCCUCGUGAAGACGUUGGCUGCAGCGGACGAUAAUAGGUCAGAACUCUUUUAGUUUAGAAGGCUAGUUGGUGAGCGUACGUGUGCUUUCGACAAAUUCUUGUCGGGCCAGUGCAUUUACAGUAGGUGGGCUAACUCAUGAAAUGCCAACUGAAAUUGUGAAAUGCGUCUUCGUUUCAAAAAGAUUAAUUAGGUAGGGUUGUAAAACCAAUCAUUCUAUAAUAAUUCUAUAAUUCUAUAAUAAGUCACUUACCGCAGGAUGCCGGCUUUCGAAAUAACUUCCUUCCGGCUGCAUGCUAAAACUAUACUCUGUAAAAAAAUGACUGCUUAAGUAGCGUGCAUUUUUCCCUACGGUAUUAAGAGGAGACCAUAUGGGGUUCAUAAAAUUUAGCAUUGAAUUUGAUCCAUAUUGUUAACUUUACAAGCCACAUUGAUAAAUGUAGAGACAUGACGUUUUAUGAAUGGCCAUUUCACGGUAUUAAAAAGUCUCAUAAUUAGAAACUUUUUUGAAACCGAAUUAUGUCCCUUCUUCGAGUAUCAAAUUGAAAGAAAACAUAAUUCUCCGCCAAAUGAGUAAAAGAAUGAAUAUUUUUAUGCAUGCUUUCCAUGAACUAUAAUUAGACUUUUAGAGACAUCGAAAAUCAAUGAGAAAAAUGCAUGCUACUUAGGCAGUCAUUCUUUACAGAUUACAGUUUUUGCAUGCAGCCGGAAGGAAGUUCUUUCGAAAGCCGGCAUCCUGCGUUAACUGCACUAUUAUAGAAUUAAACUGCAGGCUGACUAGUUUUACAACCCUACUUAAUUUAUCUAUUCGAAACGAUAACGCAUCUCGGAAUUUCGGUUGACAUCUCAUGAGUUAGCCCACCUACUGUAUAUGGGAACUGAGUAUAGGUAAAACAUGCGAAUGAUAAGAGAAAUCGAUUCCAGUUCGCCUUUUCAUACAAGUGGGUUAUGGGAAUAGGGGAGGAGUAAUAAUAGAGGAGGUUUGGGGUGCAGUGGGGAUUAGGCGGAAGGGCGCCGGUGAAUGCAUGCGGUUAACCGGCCUUUGGCCACGGUAGGCGUGGAGCUUGUACCAGGUUCUUCUGUGCGCAAAAGACCGCCUCCCGUAACCUGAUGGGAGUCACCUCCGCUGCUCCUAACUGGUGCUGACCAAAUAACGUAGGGUAGUUCGGGGGGGGGGGGGGCUUUUCGAUUACACAGAAUGCUGCGUUAACGCCCAUUUGAUGCCGGGAAUCAACAAUAUAUGCAAGAAUGACCCUGUUUAUGCUUUUAUUCUCACCUUUUCCCAACCAUGCUCUGAAGUGUUCCCGUAUACUUUUUGGAUUGUGGCCUACUUGUGCUGCCAAUAUGACCUGCUCCACAGAAGCAGAUAAAGGAGUAAAUACACAUGGGAGUGGGCCGAACUGUCAAUCUAUCCUUACCUUCUCCGUGUAAAACAGGGUUGACUGUAAAUAAUACCCAAACUCUUACUGCUGUGAAGAUUCACGAAAAAGCCUGGUCAGGGCGUCUUCUCAGGAGUUCACUCGCUGCGUCCCUUGAAAGGAGGCUUUGAGGAGCAUUGUUUUCUUCUCUGCCGCCAGUGUAGUGGAUUUUGCGGAUCCCUUGAUAAUAUUCUUCGCAAUAAUUUUGUCAGGGUACCCCCUCUCGCAAAGGAGGUCCUGGAUCUUUCAAAGUUCCUCGUCGAUACUUUCUGUCGAACAGAUUUUUCUGGCCCUUUGCGCCAAACAACGAAUUAGAUUGCGUUUCACUUGAAGAAGUAUGCAACUCGGGAAGCUCGUAUCGGAAGCACACAUAUGCUCACCAAUGGUCUUAUAGAUCCCUCCAUGGGGAUUUUCACAACUCUUUGGGUUUAAUUUGGUUAUGUGUGCCCCCCCCCCUCCCCGUCUGUGGCCAACACCAUUUCCAGGCGUAUAACUUCAACACUUUCUUACUCAGUGAAGUCAAUUACCUUAAUUAAUGUCCUGCACUCGGUUGCGACACCUCUCACUCCCACAGACUGUGAAGAGACACGGAUAUGGGGCCCGGGGGUGAUUAUUGUUCUGUAUAGUUCUCCAACCACAUAUUUUCGCGUCCACAAUCCACUGUCAACUUGUCAGACGACGAUUUUUGACAGCAAUUUGAGACAUAUUCUUGUCCGAAAAUGUGGUUUUCAAGUCAUCCAAAUCAUCUGCCGAACAUCACUAUGUAUCACAACUUCGUUGCAGCGGGAACACUACGUGAAUUAACCUUGCUGCCUACGCGGUUUGGUGUCUCCCUCAUUGGGGGUAGGGGCUUUGGCGGUGGGGAUUCAGCUCAGAGACUGGAGACGCACACACGCUGGAUACCUGCAUGUGGUAUAGUCUGCCAGUCAAGGGCGGUUACGGGGAUGUGACUGCUCUGCUGAGCAUGGUUACGUGAAGCCGCAAGUGGGAACUGGGCGCCAGGAUGGGGAAAAGUAGAAGAAUCCGCCAGGUCCGCCGUUGCGUUUGGGCAGAUUGCCAGCAUAUUGCUCGCAAAUGGAAAUGGUCGGCCAGUAUAGCUGUCUGCUGUCCCUCCUCCUCCUCCUCCUCCUCCUCCUUUAUUCUUCUCUUCGUUUCCGAGCCGUUAGAGAAAGUCAACCCUUUCCCAAAGUCGUGAGUUAGCGACUGUUCUUGUGAAAUUUAUUGUCGCGCCCCAGUUUUUAUGACGGAUUUUCUUCUUCUUGACUGACAGUGUCCCCGAGGAAGCGCUCGAAACGGAAAGCAGCGUCCUCAACUUCCUCAAAUCGACACCUUUCUGGGCAUCCACUCUUUGUCUCAGACAGUCACGCUGCUACCAGGGUAAGUAGUGCAUCGCUUCAUUCCCUAACCAAUGUUCAUCAACCGCCCUUCCAAAUGCUGGCUUUCUCUGGUGAUCAAAGUUACUCCUUCUCUAAAGCCCCACCUACUACCUUGCAAUAAGUUCCCACACACUUCGUUUUUGAUUAACUCUGUUUAAUUUUUCUUAUUAGUUCGUAGCCGUCCGCAAGGCAUCUGAAACAGCACCAAAGAAACAAAGGACUGGUAAGUGUUGUAGUUCGAGUUAGCUAUUUGUUUGUGCUAAUUAAUAACUCUUCGCAAACUGAUUGUCACUUUCGAUGCGACGCAACAAUUCUUACAAAUACCCGUUUUUCAAAAAAAGCAACCUGUUUUUAACAUUCAAAACUCAUCACUCGCUGAGUUCCAGACAUAGAUGAGGGAAGGGUCUGGGUAAUUUUUCGGCUGAAAGCUGUGGAACUGAACUCCACACAUUCUCCACUUUCUCACACACGCCGUAUGAUUAACCGCGCAUCUUGCCAUUGUCUUUUUGGCCUGCGAGUCGCACGACUUAAGCAGUCAACUGGCGGCACUUUGCGACGCGGCGCCCUGCUAGCCCCGCGUGAGCACGCGGUAGUCUGGCCUGGUUUUAACGACCGGUCCCGUAUACGAAAGGUGCGUACGUCCUCCUCCCGCAGUCUCCGCGCCUCUCCUUCCUCGCUCACCUCAGUCCCUUCCUGCUCUUCCUUUGACCCCGACACAGCAACGCCGGCAACCAAAAUUUCUGUCCUCUCACUCCGUCCCUAUUUGUAGCUAUCGAUUGUUGUCUGUUUGUGUGGACCGGCUGUUAAACCGGCGAGGACACACAAGCUCAGUGCUUGUGCUUUUAGCCCCGGUUUGACGUUUCGGUUGAAACUAGCAGGCAAGUUCGAUCCCCGGAACUCUUUAUUUACAGGGAUCUAGCUGUAAAAUAUGUGUAUGAUCCGACGAGUGAACAAUUUUGAGUAACUUUGCUCUCCACACUGGGCGCGUCCUACAUUUGGCACUGCUAGGUUGGCAGUUCGACCGUCGCUGACGACGAUGUACACCGUGUGCCCUACAGCAAUUUUGGACUGUGACUUCUGCGUAAGUUAGUUUAUUGUGGUAGUAGACCUGCGCUGCGUGUACCGUACUCUCUCCCCCCUCAACCACCUGAACCCGGUGCCAAGAUGGAGUCAGAAAGGCCGGUUGACCACGCCAUGCAUACGGUCUGAACGUGUCAUGCCACACUCCUGGUCCACGGAUGAUGGGUCAGGUUUUGACAAACAAAAAUUGGUCAGCUCAGAUCCCAACUGAGUGGUAGCGUCAUAGAGUCUACACCAAAAAGUAUACUAAUGCGUGGGAGAGGGGAAAAUGACAUCAAAUCUAGGGACUGCUUCCCCACGGAACUAUUCGUAUAAUUAAUUUCACUCGCUUUUAAACCGUCACGGUGGGCUAAAGGCCGUGGCUGGGAAUGCUGCCAUCUGACUGGAUAGCUCAGUCCUCCUGUAGGGUCGGACAAUCAGUUAUUUGCCUGACGUUUCGAAAGCAGACAAGCUUUUAUCAUCGGAGGUGGGUUGCGUACUGUGACGUGCAGUACGCAACCCACCUCUGAUGAUGGAAGCUUGUCUGCCUUCUUAACGUCAGGCAAAUAAAUCCAUGGUUCCUGCGAUCGCCUUAUCUUCUCAGUUAUAUCCGGGAACGCGCAUUUUCGCUUCAAUCAGCAAUAUAUAUGCAUAUACGUAUACCAGAGGGAAGACUACAGUCUGGGGGCCAGAUUGGCGCAGAACCCUUUCGAUCCUGUUUACCUUCAUUCAGCCAAUCAUAAACCUGACGAUGGCUAAUAAACCAGAAAUGGCCAUUCCAGUCUCCCUUGUCUUUUUCGGUAAUGUUAUUUGGCCCAGAUUGGACGCUAUGUUUUGUGUGCCAAUGUCCGAAGUUAAGAAGUUAGCCUUCAUAGAUGUUUUGACCCAAAUGGGAUUAAACUCACAUUCUCCUGUGGGCUCUCGUAGAUCAGGUAGCUAGGUCGUUGGCUGUGAUAAAGCCUUCCCCUUGCGGCCGUGGGUUCGACUUCCACCGAGGCGCCAAGUUUUUCACAGUUGGGUCAAUAUGAAGAAGUUAGCCCUCAUCAGACCUCGGCUGGUCACACUGUUUGCUAAACCACUUCUACUGAAAUUAUUUCGGUAGCCAGUGCACAACGGAACGAUUGAGUUCCUUUAGGACGGUCGGUGAACGCCCCUCCACCAUUGUAUAUGCCCGAUUGAAUCCGACAGGACAACGAGCCCGUAGCUCAUUGGUUAGAAGCGUUGGGCUUCUAACUAACAGGCUGCGAGUUUGAUCCCCAGGUGUUCCACACCUCGGGGUUGGGUGUGAUUGACCGACGACGGCCAAUAAGCCAGAAAUGGACAUUCCAACCUCCCUCGUCUUUGUCGAUAAUAACAUUCUGCCUAUAUCAUGCGCCACUGUGAGGCUUCUGGUUGGGCUCGAGAGGGACCCCACAACGCACAACGGAACGAGUGACUUCCGUAAGAACGAUCGGUGAGCGCCCUCCACCAGUGCAAUCUUCACUGUCCUUCUGUUGUGUCAAUCUUCUGCGUUUAAUCUUUUGGUCGCCUGGUCUGCCUUAAAUUUUCGUUAUUCCUCUACCAUCACUUUGUAUCUUUUUUCAGGAACCUCCAAAAGUCGAGGGACCGCGAGAGAACGACUGGCCAGGAAGUUGGGAUUAUGA